AUGUCUAGCAGCACCCCCAAAGCAAGUUCAUCCUCAAAACAGCCGCAACCACACCGUCCCCAAAUUAAUCAAAACCAAUUUCGACAAACCAAUGACCCACUCACACCACGCGAAAUCGCACUCACCAAAGAGCUCAAACAACUACGUUUAAUCAACACCAAAUUCAAAUCAAUGGUCACAGCUGUCGAUUCAGUUAAAUCAAGCAUGGCAGAAUUCAAUAAUGGAACCACCAAUGCUUUGAUCAUGAUGAAUAAAUGGAGUGAUAUAAUUUCGCAAGCGAGUUUCACUCAUGAGAUGCUAAAUAAUCCUGAGUGGCAUCCACAAGAAGACGUAGAAGAUGAAGACAAUGACGACGAUGAAGGAGAUUAUGAAAGUCAGGAUACAAUUAAUUUUCAAGCGAUGGAUAAAAAUGAUGAUGCCGAACUUGAAUUGUUACUGCGCCAAUUGAUAAAUUAUGAACUGGAGAAUUUGGCAUUGAAUAAGAGAUUGGAGAAGGAAAUAAUGACAAAGCAGGAAAAGAGGAAUUCUGUUGAAGAACAGGCUAAUAAGAGACGACGUGAGUUGGGAUUGUUUGACGGAUCUAGUCUGAGUGUUAAAAGAAGGCCAGUAAGGUAA